UAACCCUAACCCUAAACACACUGACUAAACCGCACCAGCCUUUGUGCCGCCUGGGCAUCAACUCCUCGUUUGGAAUUAUCGUCUCUCGCCGGCCUCUGAACGAAGAUGUCGAUCGCCGAAGCUGCAUGCGCAUACGCCUCCUUGAUUCUUCAUGAUGAUGGCAUCGCCGUCACGGCGGAGAAGAUUGCGGCGUUGUUGAAGGCUUCGAAUGUAUCUGUGGAGUCGUACUGGCCUAGCCUUUUCGCUAAGCUUUGCGAGAAGCGGAAUGUUGAGGAUCUUAUAGUCAACAUUGGCGCCGGUGGUGGGGCCGCUGUUGCUGUUGCAGCUCCUUCCGUCGGGGCUUCAGGUGGUGCAGCACCCGCUGCUCCUGCUACGGAGGAGAAAAAGGAGGAAACAAAGGAGGAGGAGAGCGAUGAUGACAUGGGCUUCAGCUUAUUUGAUUAAGAGUGCUUUUUGUAUCACUAUUUAUUUAAUUUGAAUUACAUCUAUAGAUCACCAUUGUUGGCUUCUGCAGCGUAAGGAAACAUACCUACCAUGUUUUGACAGUUGUAGUUCAUCAAUUUCCAAUUUUUGCGAGUAAUUUCAUACUAUCAAAAUUUGAUGGUUCAAAUAUCUUUGUUAUUAUACUGUCUCUAGUGCCAAUCUUGGAUAUCUUGAGCUUUA